AGAAAACUUGUGCCCGCGCGCGACACAGUAGACCGAAGCUUUUGUGUGUCGGUCCUUUUGUGCGCGAGCCCGCUCGCUCGCUGUUUUUGCAUCGAGAGACAACAUCCCCGAAACAGCCAGAUAUUUUCUUCGCGAACGAACGUAGCAGUUCAGUAGAGCGGCAAAAUGGACGCACGAUUCAGAAGCAACCUUGAAAUGAUCGGGCGUAACGAACCCAUAACAAAAAAAGCCAAGUUCUGGCAAAGCUACGUACGUGCUCUUAAAGGGUCUGACGAUAUUAAGGCACCCGAGCACACCCACAGGCCACGUGGAAUUUUACGUUCUGAGUUCCCAGAGCUACAUUCCUGGAAUCCUUUUGGAAAGUCAAUCUAUGACGACCCCAUUCAUGCUCAUGAUCGCAUCCAGACCCCAGGAUACAGGUACUUGCCCGUCCAUCGUGAAAUCUACGGCUACUCCCCAAGACAGCUUUAUCCCCAUCAAUACAAGCCCGUCGAGCGUUUCAUCCCUGCGAGAGAAUGGAACGCACCGAAGGCUUGGGAAGAUCAUCUGAAUCGUCUGGCCGACCACGAUAGAUUAUCGUCAAGGGUACUGCCACGCGGCCCAAUCAUCACGAGCCCGCUGCUAGCUCGCAGAAGCUUGCCACUGACCACGAAACCAGUCUUCGAUAUUCAUGGUAACAUUUUGGACGAACCCCUGCCUCUGUACCCGAUGUCGGUGAUCCGUGGCACGCGGCCACUGUCAGACCUGUUCGAGCCGUCGCCCAGCUCGCCGAUCAGCUCGAUCGUGAGGGAUCCUUGGUGGCACCCGCAAUUGGCGCCCUACAUACCCUCCUACGCUCAGAACAGCAAAACCCUGCCGUUCUACUUGCGCGACAGCUACUUGAGCCCGGUGAAGCGCAAUUACCUCUGGAGCAGACAUCCGCUCAGGCCAUUCGCAUCAGAACCGCCAAGUUCAAGUUUCUUCUAUUACUCGCAGCCCGUGCCUGUAUAUCACUUUACUAGCCCAUGGUACAACAAAUGAACGAAUUGAAUGCCGAACUCAUACCUACUAAGAAAUUGGGGUCAACUUGCAUUGGAAACACAAGAAAAAGAAAAACCACACGGAAAUUCAUUGAGUAAAAACGUCAUUUGAAAUUUCAAUAAUCAAAAAGAAACAACACAUUACGAAAUAAUGACGUUAAGUAAUUUAUAAGUUUGUCUCGCCUAGAUCGUUGAAGAGUAAUUUACGUCGCAUAAUUAGUAUUUUUCAUUAUGUCUAUUCAAAAGAAAUACACCCGCAAUCUACUUUUAUUAACAUUAAGAAAUGUCAUGCACAUGCAUUGUGCGUACACCGUCAUCAAUACUACGUUCGAAUUAAUUCUUCAAAAUUAAAAUAAAAAACAACAAAAUUUUAAAA